UUGCAACAAAAAAUAUCAGGAAUUAAUGUAGUGCCUAAUGCAAUGUGUAAUGAUAUCGCGUAAAACACCAUACAUAAAUACAUACACACACAUAUAUAUGUAUUUAUUAAUAAAUAAAUAAGUUGAGUAAAUAGUGCCAUUCUGCGACGGAAAUUAAACAAAUAUCCAAAAGAAAAAACCACGGACAAAUAUAGCUUUAUUCGUACUGAAUUCAAUGUUUGGUCGUUGAAUUGCAAACAACUUAAUUGGCAUUCCCCAAACAUUUUCGUCCCCAAAGAAAACGAAAUACGAUCAACGAACAGCAGUGGGAAACGAUAUUUGGCAUUGAUAGCGACUAGACGAGUAUACCAUUUUACUCGAUUGAUUCACCAAAACCAAGUGUGAAAUUCACGGCAGCAUUCGUAAACAAGAUCGAAAUAGGUGGACAUUUUUCAUACUACAACGGGCUAAGCCGCAUAGAGAGAGCCGCGUACAAAAAAUACAAAUAUUUGGACACCGGAAAAGCCGAAAACACACAGUAAACAUGUUGGCCUUCCACAACGAGCACAUUGCGAGCUGCGCUUUCCUGACCUACUAUACACCGGAGAGCUCCACGGCCACGGCGGCCAGCUCGCCGACCUCAUCCGCCGCACAGACAACGACGCUCUUCGAUGACAAGCAGGCCAUAUCAGGGAUGAACCGUGCUUUACAGCUGAAGCCAGCUGAAAAUGAAAGUCGCAGCGGCUGCGCAUUCGUCAAAUUCGGAACGCAACAGGAGGCUCAGUCAGCAAUAGCCAAUCUACACGGAAGUCAAACUAUGCCGGGUGCAUCCUCCAGCCUGGUCGUCAAAUACGCCGACACAGAGAAGGAACGACAAAUCAGGCGCAUGCAACAAAUGGCCGGUCAUAUGAACCUGCUGAAUCCGUUUGUCUUUAAUCAGUUCAGCCCGUACGGCGCCUACGCUCAGGUAAGUGGGAUGCAGCUCCAGCUCCAUCCCCUCUUACGCCCACCAUCUUUUUUCGAAUCUCUACAGCAACAGCAGCAAGCCGCUCUGAUGGCUGCCGCUGCCACCGCGCCUGGCUCGGCAGCCGCCUACAUGAACCCCAUGGCCGCCCUGGCAACGCAAAUACCUCAUGGCUUGAACGGCACCGGACAGCCGCCCUCUUUGCCCUCGCCGACCAUGCCCAACUUCAGCAUGGGCGCCAACACGCCCAACGGCCAGCCCGGCGGAGCUGCCGCGGCUGCAGCAGCUGCUGCGGCGGACGGGGUCUUUACGAACGGCAUUCCACAAACGGCAUUCCCAGGACAUCCGCUGCAUUUGACUAUACCACCACAAGGUCUGCCAAACGGCGAUGCUGCUACUCUGCAACAUGCCUUCCCUGGGCUGCCACCGUUUCCAGGAGUUGAUUUUCUGAUGUUCCCAGGAUGCUCGAUAUCCGGUCCAGAGGGCUGCAAUCUCUUCAUCUACCAUUUGCCCCAAGAGUUUGGCGAUGCGGAGUUAAUGCAAAUGUUCCUGCCCUUUGGCAAUGUGAUCAGCUCCAAGGUCUUCAUCGAUCGUGCUACAAACCAGAGCAAAUGCUUCGGUUUCGUGUCCUUCGAUAAUCCAGCCAGCGCUCAAGCGGCCAUUCAGGCCAUGAAUGGCUUCCAGAUUGGCAUGAAAAGACUGAAAGUUCAAUUGAAGCGGCCAAAGGAUGCCAGUCGACCCUAUUAACAAUCGGAGUUCCUUAAGUGUAAUUCGCAACAACUACAACUACUUCCUGGAGCACCAACAACAGGAGUAGUCGCAGGAGCAGCCAUGCCACAAACUACAACACAAUUUGCAACAGCAGCAGCAGCAGCAGCAACAGCAUCCACAGCAACAGCAACAGCCACAGCAACAACCACAGUGCACCACUAUAGUCACAGAAGCAGCUUUAGGCCACCAUUUCCCAAUGACAACUCCACUCAUAUGCCGUAUCAAUUCGCCAGCUGGCGAAAUGGUACCUACUGCUAUCGCUAUAGUACCCCCAGAAACAUCUCCCCCAGCCCCAAAAGCAACAACAACAGCAACAUCAGCAAUACCAACAACUGCAGCAAGGACAACAACAACAGCACCAACAACACCAACAACACCACCAGCAGCACCACCACCAACAACAAUAGCAGCAACUGCAGCAGCAGAAUGGACGAUUCCCAUCCACAUCCAACUCAACCGGACAUGGCAUCCAAUAGCAACCAGAAGAACCUAUCCAAAGUGGAACUAGUCGAAAAACUGUUCAAGUGGCAGCAACAAAAGCGAAAGACCUAAAGCCACCAGGACCCACAACAGCAACCAUGACAACUGCGACAACAAUAACGAGCGACUACUGAAAGGAUGGUCUUCACCAUGCUAAGUGAAAAUGAUUAUAAAAAUUAAACACAUGCAAAAGCGUGUGUAAAAAAACCUAAAAAAUAGUAAACAAACAAAAAAAAUGUAUAAUAAAAAAAGAAAAUACUUUAGAGCUGAAAUUUAAAUAGAUUUAUAUAUAUAUACAAAACAGCAGAACAUACAUGCAACUAUAUAUAUAUUUAUUCGAUUAUACAUGCAGCCGAAUGCAGUACUUAAAAAAUUAAAGAGAAAACCAACAGAAACAAAAUGAUAAUGAUGUUGAGCAGCCCGAAGAAAGAACAAAAUUUUUUUGCCAAAAUAUCGAUUUAUUAUGAAUAUAUAUAGACACAUAAAUAUAUAUAUUUAUAGAAGCAAGGAACAAACAUUGAUAUUGAUAAUUUUGUUAAAAAGAAAACAACAAACCACAUAACAUAUGCACACCCAACACACACACCACACACAGGACAAAAAACUUGAGACAAAAACUGACUGGCAAGAGACCAAAAUUAUCUGGGUUUUCAAAUAAACAAAAAAAAAAAACGAAACAAAUAAUGAAUUAAACAAAAAAAAAACAAAAAAAAGAGGGAGAUUCGAGUAGAGCAGCAACCAUUUUAUAAGAAAAAUUGGUGAUGGGAAUUUAUUAAAUUAACAAAAUGCUGCAGAAAACAAAAAAAAAUUUAAAGAAACCAAAUACAAGAGAAAAACUAUCAAAACUGAAUUUGUUAAUCUGAUGAUGAUAAAAUCGAAUGGAGUUGACAGUUAAACGAGUUAAACGAGAAGGGUGUAGAAGAUGGUGUAGAUGAGCAGAGGGAUUAAAUGAUAGAGUAUAGGCGAUGAUUGAUAGAGGAACAUACAUAGCUCUGCAACUUUUUAGCAUUUAGUGGUAAGCAAAAGGCAGAAUGUUCUAUAUAUGCAUAUACAAGUAUAUAUAUAUAUAUAUAUAUACACAUAUACAUAUAUGUAUAUACAUAUAUGUGUGUGUAUGAAUGAAAAUUAACACAAAAAUUCGAAUUUAAUUAAUUUUAAGUAAAACAAAAGGAUAUAAGAAGUUAGGACUAGACGAGCUCAGAGCAGGCCACUUAAUAUGCGCAAUGCUUUGAUGGCUAUGUGGAAGGAUACGGAUACGGAUACAGAUACGGAUACGUAUGGGGAGAUGGAGGUGGAGUAGGAAUAGGAGAAGACGAAGGACAGAAAGCGCAAUAUAUAUAUACAUAUAUAUGUAUAUAUAUACUGAGGUAUAUUUAUAUAUACUGAGGUAUAUAGUGCUACUGGAUAGGUCGAGCCCAGGCCAAAUCCCCAAAGGGUGUGCCUGGCCUCGCCGCAAAGCAAAAAUAUCAAUUUUUUUUAUAGUAUAUAAAUGAGAAACUAAUCUAACUAAUCUAAUAUGAAUUUGUUAGAGCUAUUAACGAGAAUCGAGAAUUCGAAUGAAGGAGUAAAAAUAAAACUAGCAAAGAUAAAUUAAUACAAAUCUCUGAAGCGAUCACUUGUGUUGGCCUAAGAACUCUGUUGGAGAUAUUCUUCUACAAUACUAGUUUGCAAUUACGAAUUCUGUUUUUUUGUUCGUUUUGUUUGGAGUUCGGUUGGGAACUUUUCGAAAACUAAUGAAAAUCGUAAUCGAUUUUAUAGUAUAAUAAACUAGUAUUUGUAUAAAAACAAACAACAAAAAUUUUACACUUAAACUUAGCUGCUUGCAACAAAAACAAAUACAGGUACUUACAAAUAUACAUACAUACAUAUAUAUAUGUAUAUAUAUAUAUAAAGAGAACGAUUCAAGAAACAAAACUAAAUAAAAAAACUCAAAAGAAUAUAUGAGCAAUGGUAUAAGCUACAAAAGAAACGAAAAGAGAAGCGGAAGAAAACAAAAAUUUUGCUAAGAAAGUAUAUAUACAUAACUAUAAAUAUAUAUACAUACAUAUAUAUAUAUAUAUAUACAUAUAUACACAACAGCAGAAACCCGAAGAUUUUGGCCAGUUAUUUUCAAGCCCAGCUCCAAGAACCGAACCGAACAGAUAAUGAUACAUAAACAGACCCAUAACCAUACCCAGACCCAGACCCAGACCCAGAUAACAAAAACGUUCAAGUUGACCAUAGCGCGCCCUAGCCCGACUAAGAAAACUAUUUAACACUUAACAACUUAAAAUGAUAUAUAUGAUUAAUUAUUGAUUAUUAUUACGAUAUAUGGACAACAAUUAAAUUAGCAUUUUUUAUAAAAAACAAAAAAAUAAUAAUAAAAAAAAACGAAAGGAGCAAAAACUUUUAGCAAAACUAGAGAAUUGAACACGUCAUUUUGAAUUUAAUCAACGUUUUGGCCUUUGUUACACACUCUAACAUAGAACACACCCCAAACACAUCCAGAACAUACACGAAUCUAACUUAUUAUUAUCAUAUAAAGUAAAAAAAGGAACACAAAAAACGAAAAAAAUGAAAUCUUUAUCCAACAUUUACUCAACUCAACAACAGUCUGUUGAAUCGAACCAUUACCAAUUUGACUAAAUUAGCAGCAAAACUUGUACAAAAGCAAAGGAAGGGUAGAGAAGAGAAGAGAAGCGUCAAAUCUACAGCUAAAUAUGCCAAAAAUGAAAGGAUAUGGAUAAGAAAAGAAUGCAGAUUAGGUUGAGAUAACAAAAUGAACAAUUAUUUAGAGUUUGUAUAGAGAAAACAACUACGUUUAGAGUCGCCUAGUCUGUGGGUCCUGCAGCGGAGUUCUCCACAGUCGGGCGGGACGUAUUUGAUACUAAAGAUAUGAAAUUUAAUUAUUACCAAAUAUAUACAUACACACAUAUAUAUAUACAUAUAUUUAAAUUUAUAAGAAAUAUGAAAGGGAAAUUGUUAUCAAAGUUGAAGUUAGUUUUGUUACAAAAGCAUAAAAUAUAUCAUUUUGUGCAGAGCUAUUCUCCCAUGAGUUCCCCUCUCAACAGAUAUCAAUAUCAAAAUCAGUUUAGUAAUGGUUUCAGUUUCAAUUACCACUAUUGCCAGGCAGAUUCAUUGGGACAGUAUUACGAGUAGAUCUCCAGUCUGCUAGCCGAGAAAAGCCCAGAGUAAAUGGCAAGUAUUAUAUAUAUCAGAUUCGAUUAAUUUUACUCCUACUUUUUUUUUCGUACAAAAUGUUAAGUCCCAGGCGGAGAUAUCUUGUAAAUAUAGAACGGCAAGGGAAAACCUAGAAGCGGAUGAAAGUCCCACACAGAUGAAUGAAACGAAUGGAAAUCGCAGUUAUUUAACAUACACAUACAUAAAAUUAUAACUAUCUACAUACAAACAUACAAAUACAUAUACAAGUACAUAUACAUACAUACAUAUAUGCAAAAUUAUCAAAUUGAUUUAGAGUCUAUCCAAAAGUAGUUGAGCAAGACAGCAAACAAUUUGACAGCUUCGAAACGAAAUGGAUGCUUAACUAGAAUUUUAUUAAGUCACCAAAACAUAAACACACACACACACACACAUAAACACACACACACAUACACCAUACCCACACCAUAGGCACACCACACACUAUAUGUAUUUACGAUCUUGUAUGAAUCGAUAUCGAUCUAGUCAAAUUCAAGUUAAUUAUUGCAUAAUGAAAACUAAACCUUAAAGAGUAAUGAGAAGAUCAAGAUCCGAGUCAAACUAUUGAGAUAAUAAUGGAUUACUAUUAUCAUUAUCAUUAUUAUGUAUUAUGAUUAUUUUGUCAAAUUAUUAUUAUGAUUUCUCUAUGUAUUGAAAAUGCGAACAUGUAUUUGAAUGAAUAUAUAAAACGAUGCAUUAUUAUUACAAUUAUUAUUAUUCCAUGCUAAUAUACAAACGUUUUAGAUCAUGUACAAUAUACUUACUCUUGAAGCGGAUUCAAACUUAGUGCAAAAACUGAUUUUGGCAAAAUUAUGCGAAUAUAUGCGAUUAUACAUAUACCAAGAGGAGAGAUACUAAGCCCCUAAAUUAUCCUAACUAUUAUUUCUAAAGCGUAACACACAAUAAACUAAACUAAAACAAAAACGAAACAAGCAGAACAAAUAAAAGAGAAAACAAAUUGAAAACCACAAAAAUACAAUGCAACCAACCUUGUUUUAUUUUCUCAUUAUUUUCCGAGCUCGCGGAACGACACGCGGCUUGCGAUCACUUUCAAUUGGCGGAGACCACGACUGGACCAGACACAACCCCCAACACCUGACAGAGAAUUUGGCACAUUCCAUUACGAUUUGUAUAUCAUUUAACUUGUUCACCCUUAAGUAUUAUUUGAUAAACCAAAAAACCAAAAAACACAAAAGGGCUGUGACUUGAACGUUUAAUAAAAAAAAUGUAAACCAAAAUCAAAUUCAUUUUUUCGGUUUUGUUCACUUUGCUUUGGUUGAUCAUUAUAUAGAGCGGUGAUAACAAGCUACCACGAAAGCCAAAUCAAAAUUAAA